GACUUCUACUUUUCAAAACAAAGGAAAAGCACAAACACGACACGAAAUUGAUGAAAUCGGUUCCCUUACAUAGACUAUCCGAUUUCCGAAACUGAUGAAAUCGUUUCCCUCGUCGAUCUUUCUCGCUUAAUUGAGUCUUCAUUUCAUUUCCACAUUCAUCAAUAAUUUCUCAAAAAUGGGAGAUCAGAUAGCUCGAGCAGAGGAUUUCGAGAAGAAAGCUGAAAAGAAGCUUAGCGGUUGGGGCUUGUUUGGCCGCAAAUACGAAGAUGCUGCCGAGCUCUUCGAUAAAGCCGCCAAUUCCUUCAAGCUCGCCAAAUCCUGGGAUCAAGCAGGAGCAACUUAUGUCAAGUUGGCAAACUGUCAUGUGAAGUUGGAUAGUAAACACGAGGCUGCUCAAGCUUAUGUUGAUGCUGCUCACUGUUAUAAGAAAACUUCUACAAGUGAGGCAAUAUCUUGCUUAGGUCAGGCAGUAGAUUUGUUUUGUGAUAUAGGAAGGAUCAGUAUGGCUGCAAGAUAUUACAAGGAAAUUGCUGAAUUAUACGAGUCAGAAGCAAAUAUUGAGAAAGCUAUUGAUUUUUAUGAAAAGGCAGCUGAUUUUUUCCAAGGUGAAGAAGUAACAACUUCUGCAAACCAGUGCAAGCAGAAAGUAGCCCAGUUUGCUGCUCAACUAGAACUAUACCAAAAGUCUAUUGAGAUUUAUGAAGAGAUUGCCAAGCAGUCACUUGGCAAUAACUUGCUUAAGUAUGGAGUCAAAGGUCAUCUUCUCAAUGCUGGCAUUUGCCAUCUCUGUAAAGGCGAUGUUGUUUCCAUAAAUAAUGCAUUGGAGCGAUAUCAGGAACUGGAUCCAACGUUUUCAGGAACUCGUGAACACCGACUCCUAUCGGAUAUUGCUGCUGCCAUUGAUGAGGAAGAUGUUGCAAAGUUUACUGACAUUGUUAAGGAUUUUGACAGCAUGACUCCAUUGGACCCCUGGAAGACGACCCUUCUGUUGAGGGUGAAAGAGAAGCUGAAAGCAAAGGAACUGGAGGAGGAUGACCUUACCUAAGUUCGAAUUUUACAUCUUUUGUUCUUUUGGUUUUUCUGCAAUGAUUGCAUUGUAUUAUCUGUCAGUUUACAAUCACUCUAAUUUACACUGUCUCUGUUUUAAAUGUUUUCUUGGCUUGGAUUUUAAUCAGAGAGUUGGUUGCUUAACCACUGUGGACAUGAGCUUGUAAUUGAGAUAUGGUAUUUUUUUUGGAAUUUGUUGAUACCCUAUGAACUUGAAAGGAUCUGAGAUUUAAUGGAGGAUAUGAUCAAAUUUGUCGAAUCAAA